GUCCAUGGCGUUGCCUCGUACGGAACUUGAUGCUACCUAGGUCACGCUUCUCCCCUUGCCACGAUAAUGUGGAGCCCGGGAAUCACUCUGGGCGCAGGUGAAGUUUUCUCUCAUCGAGGGUCUUUCUCUUCUGCCUAUUUCGACAAUAAGAAUGAUACUCGACACACAAUCCCAGUUUGUCCCAUUGAGUUUCAAAGGAGGCAUUGCCUGUUCUGAAGGUUUGGGAGGACGAGAAGCUUCUCAAGGUGAAUUUUAGGUAAUUUCUAGUGCAUUACGCGGAAAAUGAUGUCUCAGUGGAUUAC